AUGAAUAGUAAUAAUACAUUGAUAUUAUUGUUGUUGACUGUUGUUGUAGCAGUUGCUAUAUCUGCUGCUGCGUAUGACAUUGACGAUUCGAGACGCUUAACAAUGCGUCACUCACUGGAUGACUCUGAUACAUCAACUUUCAAGUUGGUACAGAUAACAGAUAUACAUUAUGGAGAGGGCGAGAAUACACUUUGGGGACCAAUGCAAGAUGUCAACUCUACACGUGUGAUGAAGACUAUCUUGGAGCUGGAGAAGCCUGACUUUGUGCUGUUCAGUGGUGACCUGAUCACUGGCAACAACAUCGUCAACAACGCCACCGACUAUUGGAAGGAGGCACUUGGAGUGGUCCUGGAGAUGGGCAUCCCCUGGGCCAUCACCUUUGGCAACCACGACGAUCUGGCCACCGGAUACAACGACACUCGCGUCGACUUGCUCAACUAUGACAUCUCGCUGGGAAGUUACUCAAUGUUUGGUCCAGAGGACGUGCCAGGCAUCACCAACUACUACCUGCCCAUCUAUGACAAGUGGUCCAAUGACAUCGAGGUCGUCAUCUGGGUGUUGGACUCGGGCGAUGGAGCAUGUCCCCCACCCGUCUACCCACCCGGCCCCGCACCAUGGUGCAACACGUACAUCACCGAGCAGCAAGUGGCCUGGUACGAAGAGACGGCCAAGGCACUGUACAUCAACGACUCGACUGAGCUGCCAUUCGCCGCUGCAUUCUUCCACAUCCCCAUCCAAGAGUACAUGAACGUUUGGAACGAGGAGGUGUGCUACGGCUGGAACAACGACUCGAUCGCCUGUCAGCCACAGAACGGUGGCCUCUUUGACGCGUUCAAAUCAAUUGGUGAUGUCCAGUUCAUGUCGGUCGGCCACAACCAUGGCAACGACUUUUGUGGCACCUACGAGGGCAUUGACAUGUGCUUUGGACGUCACAGUGGCUAUGGAGGAUAUGGUACGUGGGAGCGUGGAGCACGUAUCCUAGAGAUCAAUCGUAUCAAAGGUCAACCAGUGACCCACAAGACAUGGCUCACAAUGGAGACUGGUCAACGUAUCUACACACAACCAACUCAUCAACCAGACCCUGCCAAUCCUCAGACUCAGUGCACAUAA